AUGUACUUCUUUCUUUCCAAUUUAUCCUUUAUUGACUUCUUCUAUUCCUCCACAGCUUUGCCCAAGCUUCUAGUAGACCUCCUAUCCAGAGAUAGAAUAAUUUCAAUCACUGGUUGUGGCAUCCAAGUAUAUAUCAGUAUUUUCUUAGGAGAUACGGAGUGCUUUGUCCUAGCCCUCAUGGCUUAUGAUCGCUAUGUUGCCAUCUGUCACCCUCUCUACUAUCCUAUCCUUAUGAGGUGGAGUGUAUGUUUUUGGUUGGCCUCCUUUGUAUGGAUUUUAAGCUUUUUUAUAUCUGUGGUUCCAUCUCUUCUAAUGCCAAUGAGAGUGUGUAACCCAAACCAAGUCAACCAUUUUAUGUGUGAGGUUAUAGCCAUUAUUAAGUUAUCUUGUGACAAUAUAUAUAUGAAUCAACUCGUAAUAUUUUCAAUCAGUUUUUUCACCCUUCUCCUGCCUUUUAUGCUUAUUAUCUGCUCAUAUGUUUGCAUCAUAUCAUCAGUCCUAAAAAUCCACUCUGUUGAACGUUCCAAAACCUUUUCCACAUGCACGUCGCAUAUUACCGUGGUGAUUUUAUUUUAUGGGACGGCAAUGUCAACAGACCAAGAAAAAUUUAUCUCUGUAUUUUAUGUCAUUGUCAUUCCCAUGCUAAAUCCUCUCAUAUAUAGUUUAAAGAACAAAGAGGUGAAAAAGGCUUUUUUAUUAGGAAAAUCUGUUUCUCACUCAUUGCAUUAA